AUCAAUUGUUCAAUGUCCAUUCGUGUGCUCUAUUAUAAAGAAGGAUACAGUGUUCAUUUCAAUAAAUAAAUAUACAUUUGAUGAAUAAAACUACCUGUUUUUAGCCAUGUCUUGGUUAUUCGGGUACAGCCGGCCUCAGCAGCCGCCUACUGAUGAGCCUCCAGCAGAUGGUGGUGGCUCAGCCGCCGCUCCAGUUAACCUCACUAAAGCUGAAAAGAAAGCUAUGGAAUCAUAUAGAUUUGAUUCCAGUGCUCUGGAGAGAGCUGCACAGGCUGCCCGGGAGUUAGAAAGAUCACGACAUGCUAAAGAUGCAUUGGAGCUUAGUAAGUUGCAAGAGAGCACUCGUCAACAAGAACAGAUGGCCAAGAUAAAAGAAUACGAAGCAGCCAUCGAACAAGCUAAAGUAGAUCAGAAGAGAGUUGAUCAUGAAGAAAGACGCAAAACAUUACAGGAAGAAACAAAACAGCACCAAAUGCGUGCACAGUAUCAAGACCAAUUAGCGAAGACACGGUAUGAAGAGCAAUUGGUUCAGCAUCAAAGAAAUCAGGAUGAAAUAUUAAAAAAGCAAGAAGAGAGUGUAGCUAAACAAGAAGCAAUGCGUCGCGCCACUGUUGAGCAUGAAAUGGAAUUGCGUGAGAAAAACAAACUUAAAGCCAUAGAAGCAGAAGCCAGGGCUCGUGCUAAAGCUGAUAGAGAGAACAGAGAUAUAACUCUUGAACAAAUUAAACUGAAAGCUGCUGAAAAUAGGACAACUAUUUUGGAAAGUAUACAGACAGCAGGUAGCGUCAUAGGAACAGGUUUGAAUGCACUUGUCACAGACUGGGACAAGACACUGGCUGCAGCUGGAGGUUUGUCUUUGGUCGCUCUUGGUGUCUACACUGCUAGAGGUGCAACAUCUGUGACUGCUCGUUUCAUUGAAGCUAGGAUUGGUAAGCCGACAUUAGUGAAUGAGACAUCAAGAUUUUCUCUCCUAGAAGCAGUUAAGCAUCCCAUCCUCACAAUAUCACGUGCCAUCGCGAAUUUCCGUAAACCAUCUGAUGCAUUAGCAGGUGUUGUGUUAGCUCCUACAUUAGAGAAACGCCUCAGAGAUAUUGCUAUUGCAACUAAGAACACAAAAGUGAAUAGAGGAUUCUACAGGAACCUCCUUAUGUAUGGGCCACCUGGUACCGGUAAAACUUUGUUCUCAAAGAAAUUAGCAAAACAUUCUGGUAUGGAUUACGCGAUAAUGACGGGUGGUGAUGUGGCUCCAAUGGGCAAACAUGCCGUAGCUGCCAUUCACAAGAUGUUUGACUGGGCCAAUACUAGUAGAAAAGGUGUCUUGCUCUUUAUUGACGAAGCAGACGCAUUUUUGCAUAAAAGGUCUUCUGCACAAAUAAGUGAAGAUUUGCGAGCAGCUCUAAACGCUUUUCUGUACCGAACUUCUGACCAAAGUAGCCGUAUCAUGUUGGUAUUAGCCUCUAACACCCCGCAACAAUUCGACUCGGCUAUCAAUGACAGAUUGGAUAAGAUGAUCGAGUUUGGUCUACCCGGUCUAGAGGAGAGAGAACGCUUGAUUAGACUAUACUUUGAUAAGUUUGUACUGCAACCGGCAUCAGAGGGCAAGAGACGUCUCAAUGUUGACCAGUUUGACUAUGGUGCUCUCUGUGCUAACCUAGCAAAAAGAACAGCUGGUAUGUCUGGUCGAGCAUUAUCUAAACUUGGUGUAGCUUGGCAAGCAGCUGCCUAUGCGUCUGAUGAUGGAAGACUCACAGAACAAAUGUGCAUAGACAUUUGUGAUGAUGCUGUUCAGGAUCACAGACAAAAGAUGGAGUGGCUGUCGGCAGAAGAAAAGACACGAAGUAUGAUGCCAUAUCUUUUAGAUUUGCCCCCUCUAGACAAACCUGAAGAAAAUAUUAAGCAGGCAACAAUUAAAGAACUGCCAGAAACCAAAGAGGAACCUAAAGUCAAGUUGACAAAGAAAAAGAACAAGGAAGACAUGGAAAAGUGACACCUGAUAACCAAUGAUGAUCCUGUAGAAAUACAAAACACAUGUUCCGAAAAUAAAAAUAUAUACUGUGAUAAUAAACAGUGCAUCUAUGACUUUAAAGUAUCAAAAUUGCAAACACACAUUAUAUUGUCUGACCGUGACUUUAACAAAUUGCGAAAGUUAUUAGUGAAAUUGAGAAAAAGUAA